GAUCUUGAUUGGAAGAUACUCUUACUUAAUAAUAGGAGUAGUCAAUACAGGUGAUGGAGCAGCUCUUUGUCAAAUUCAACUUCUCACCCCUCUUUCUCUUCUCCACACCCACACUUCUCUUGCUGAAUUCCCUACAAAAUUGACGUUUCUCCAGUUUUGAAAUUGAUUGCCUUUUCUAAGAGUGUUGUAUGGUGGUUGGUGGGCUGUGAUGGCGACGGACACGACGGCCCCGAGCUACUGGCUGAACUGGAGAUUCUUGCUGUGUGCAAUAUGGAUCGUGGUGACUAUGAUCGCUGCAGCGCUCAUUAUAUGGAGGUAUGAGGGGCGUGGCUCGUCUAGGGGACGUGCAAGUGGGGGUCGGAGGAACAAGGGCGCGUCUUGGGCAACAUGCUCGAGAUCAAUCCAUCCCGUUUGGCUGCUUGGUUUUCGGAUUGUUGCUUUCUGCGCCUUGCUAGGAUUGAUCCUUGCUGAUACCAUCAUCCAUGGUGUUGGCAUAUUCUACUUUUACACUGAGUGGACAUUCACAUUAGUAACCAUCUAUUUUGGGCUGGCGUCGUCCCUCUCCAUCCUCGGGUGCCUUAAAGGGGAGCCGAAGGGGGAUCGUUCCAUCGCUGCAGAUGCAGAGCGUGGCCCGUUUGUAGCACCGGCAGAUGCAGAUGAAGAUGCACACACCGCAAAAAUAAGCUUCAACGACUCUCACCACGACCCUACUCCCGUAAUUGCAUCUAUCGGGGAAUACGCCUUUCAAAUAAUCUUUCAGAUGUGCGCUGGGGCCGUCAUGCUCACAGAUUCGGUGUACUGGCUCGUGCUAUACAGCAAAGAUGACGAUUUAACCUUUCUGAUCGUCUGCAUGCAUUCCGUCAAUGCAGUUUUCCUCCUCGGUGACACCAUUUUAAACUCCGUGAGUUUCCCCUUCUUUCGAAUCGCAUAUUUUGCUCUGUGGACAUGCGUAUUCGUCAUUUUCCAGUGGAUCAUCCAUGCUUGUGUUUCGAUGAGUUGGCCGUAUACCUUCCUAGACUUGUCUUCGUCUUAUGCUCCCUUAUGGUAUCUGGCUGUUGGAUUGCUGCAUAUUCCAUGUUAUGGGAUCUUCUCACUUAUAUUCAAGAUUAAACAACGUUGUUUAUCAAAGCAGCAACAACAAUUUUGAGGGGCAAAAGGCUCAUGAAAAUAUAUCCUAGAGCUAGAAAGCAUAAAUUGGCUAGGAAUGAACAUUCUUCAUACAAUUGUAUGUCUAAUCAAAUUCUUUCUCGUACACAGUUGCCACAAAUAUUCUGUAACUGAAAAUUGAGAAUAUGAGUUUUAUACAUCAGAAUAUCGCCUUCUUGAA